AUGGAGUGCUCAGCCAAGAGUCGGGAAGUGUCCCAGACGUCCUGUCCUCCAGGGGCUCUGGCUGCCGGCCAGCAGUCCCAUAAGAUCGUGACGGGUGUCCAGGCCACCCAGGGGUUGGUGCCGUCACCUGGCACUGCCUCCGUGAAGUCCAUGGUGCAGCUUGGCCUGGAAGCCACGAAUCGAGGCUUUGGCAGCGCGCUGCUGGGAGCGGCAUGGGUCCGAAAGAACCUCUGCCGGGCCCUGCCUCUGCCCGGCGCGCUGGCUCCACUGCCCGCAGGAGUCUGUNGCGACGGCGCGUGGGUGGAGGCCGAGGCCGCGCUGCAGAACAAGGUGGUGGCGCUGUACUUCGCCGCAGGCCGCUGUGCGUCCAGCCGCGACUUUGCGCCGCUGCUCUGCCGCUUCUACGCCGAGCUGGUGGCCGAGGCGCGGACCCCCGCGCCCUUCGAGGUGGUGUUCGUGUCGGCCGACGGCAGCGAGCAGGAGAUGCUGGACUUCACGCGCGAGCUGCAUGGCGCCUGGCUGGCGCUGCCCUUCGACGACCCCCUGCGGCAUGAGCUGAGGACCAGGUACCACAUCUCGGUCAUCCCCAGGCUGGUGGUUGUGAAACCCAGUGGGGAGGUCAUCACAGACAAAGGGCGGAAGCAGGUCCGCGAGCGGGGGCUGGCCUGCUUCCAGAACUGGGUGGAGGCCGCCAACAUCUUUCAGAAUUUCUCCGGAUGACACGGGGGUUUCCAGGCCUGGGCAGGUGCGCUGCACGGGAGAAGGGGAGCGGGCUGGUUUCCAAUCUCUGCCUGCACCAGGGGAACUCGUGUCGGAGCAGAGGCGAAAACACCGCCCGGGAAGAGUGCGCCCUCCCUGCGUGGAGUUACUGUGAUUCUUCUUAGCAUAGGUUUCUCCGCGGGACAUGAGCAGCUUCACGUCCAGCGCGUGGAAAUCUGUGGAACCGUGUAUUUAUACCCACUCUUCAGGUGAGAUAGUAUAUUUAUUGACACAUCGUCUGGAGCUCUGUUCAUGUUGGUGAUUUGCAGUCACCCUGCAUUUAUUACUGAGGUUUGCGGAAUCCACAUGCUUUAAUAAAGAAACCUGUGUCCAUGGAGCUCCUGAUCUCCU